GAGGCGGCCUGGGCGUAUAGUGUCCAAUAUUAUCGAGUAAACUUCAGUUCUCGUGUUGAACAGAAUCAGGAAAAAUCGGUUUCGAGCAGAACACAGUGGGAGAGAGCAACGAGAUGGAGCCAAUAGUGACCAUUCCACAGUUUCUGGUCUUCAAUGCCCCGUACAAUCGCGUCCAGAGCCAGGAGAUGACGCUGAUCAACAACACGGAGCUGGUGCUGAUGUUCAAGCUGAAGACAAACUACGCGCAGCACUACAUCGUGAAGCCCACCGUCGGCCUGGUGAAGCCCUACAGCACCUCGACAGUCGUGAUCAGCCUGUGGCGCUACGCCUUCCAGCCGGGCACUUGCUAUCAGCAUCGGUUCCUCGUCGAGUACUUCUACAUCCCGGUCGAAGGCCUUCGACCGUGCGAUCGCGCGGCCCCCAAGGCCGUUUUCAAGCGGACUCCCCGCUCAGAUAUGUGCGUGGCCCGUAUACGCGUUUGCCUGGAGGCCCCAGCCCCAGAGCGACUCCCAGAUGUCCCAACCCAAGCCUUGGAGGAGCCGCUCCUGGAGAAGCAGCCUGCUCUAAAGGAGCCGCAGAAGGCAAAGAGCGUCCGCGGGCCACGUUCUUGGUUGUUCUGGACUCUUUUAGUCCUGGCUUUUGUCGUGGCAGUUCUUUUUAAAGGCAUCUUCCACAUCGAGGACACUUCCAAGGCCUUGGAUCACAGCCCCGUCUUGGAUAAUGAGAAUGUCUCGACUUAGGGGAAGCUUUUCGAUUAUAUGAAUUACUCGGACUUGCUCCAGAUAUUUGGAUUUCAGUAAUUUGUUGCUUUUUCAUGCUAAAUCAGUGUUCUAAAAUUUCAUAAAUUAAAGGGAAAAAGGCGCGCGAAUUGACGUC